AUGGUGCUGCUCAUGAUCAUCGCGUUUUUGCUGGCCACGCACUGGUCGAGUAGAAAUAUUGUUAAGCUCCACUGGCCAUUCCACAGCCAUCCAUUCUCCAGAACUUCCGCACCGGGAGAUGAGUAUGUAAGUGUACACAUACGCAGCCUCGGGGAUUGGACGCAAGAGCUAAUGAAAAUGUUCUCUCAAGUAAAUAUCCUGUGUUCAUGGACCACAUGGAGCACCAUCACAGUCUCCUUUGAAUGGUUUAAAGGAGCCAUGACCGAAGUCUCUCAGCUUGAUCACAAGGCCUUGAUCGAGAUGCAUAACUAUCUAACAAGUGUUUACGAAGAAGGAGACGCUCGCUCCAUGCUUAUCGGUGUGGUCCAAGCGUUGCAUCACCCACUAAGUGGUGUUGAUAUUGUCUCUCACACUUCCAUUGUGAUUCAUUUUCUUUCUCAUUUGUUCUCUCGAUUUCUUCCCCAGCCAUCCAUUCUCCAGAACUUCCGCACCGGGAGAUGA